AUGCAACGGUCUACCAGCCCAACACAGAUGUCGCCUGACAGCAACUCAGUGCACUACACCCGGACGGGGCGUAUCAGUAAAGCGAAGAAGGGUUUGAAGGUUCACCACUGCGAUUGUGGACGGUCAUAUACCAGAGCUGAGCAUUUGAGGCGACACCAGAGGAACCAUGCACAGGACGCACUUCGAUGUGACUGGCCGGAAUGUGGAAAGCCAUUCUACAGACUGGAUCUUUUACAACGCCACCAAGAGCGACACAAUGAGCCCGGGAGAGGAGAGUCUCCUCAGAUGUUCAGCCCAGCAAGCACCGCAGAACCAGAACCACCGGUCUCUGCGGCUGUGACCUUGCCUCCCCCAAUCGUAACUGCGAUUCCUCAAACUGAGCCGUACUACCCGCAGCCGGUGUCUCCAAUCCCAGUAUCCGCUGCAGACGCAAGCCAUUCCAAGAGGGCAUACACGGCUUCUCGUCAGAACAAUGGACCCGUUUCUGUGCCUGUAGAAGCAGGCAUGCAAAACGGCAUCGCCUGGAACGACCCUUUUGGCCACUCACCUCAAUACAACUCGUCUUCGAGCGAGUAUGCCUCACCUAUCCCCACUGUACAGGACUACUCGACCAACAUGUUCGCCAACCCCCCGUAUGGACCUGGGUCCAACCGCACGCGCAACUCAUCCAACGCAUCUUACGUUGAGCCUGCGUGGGGCUAUCCUUCGCGGUCACCAACUUCGGCAACGUCAACCAUGGCAUACACAUGGAACUCAAAUGAGAAGAGCCCCGCUCCGUCCAGCCUAGCUUACAUGCACACCUCCUAUCCGAUGACGAGCAUGCCGAUGUCUGCGGGUGUGGACCCGAUGACGGGCUUUGGGCAUUUCGGGCCCAAGACGAUGGUACAGAGAGAUGAAGAAGAACAGGCGUUCCUCUUCCCUGAACAGUCCUACGGUAUGGGCCAACUCGCACACACAUAUCCAUUUGAACAAUAUCUGAACAAUUACUGGAGAUUCUUUCACGCCGCCUACCCUAUCAUUCAUCGAACUACCUUUGAGAGCAUAAGCCAACCACCGAUGCUUCACGCUGCCAUGAUCGCCAUUGGCGGACAAUAUUCCGACGAUGCCAGCGUGAAGCGAAAGUCACGCAUACUUCAUGAUCGAUGCAUGAAGUUGCUCGACAAGAGAGACUUGGAUGUUAUGACCGAAGCCGAGCGUGUGUGCGAUUGGCAAGCUUUGUUCCUCAUUGAGGUUCUGUCGCAGUACCGUGCGCGUCGUGCGGCGAAGACACUGUCUUCGCGGUUCGAGACGCUCUACCAAAAGCUUUGCGAAAGCUUUCGGGAAGUGACCUCGAAUAUCGUAGACAAUGUCUCUGCCCUGGUUCAGCCAGAGAAUGCUACUUACGAGCGCUGGGCCCAGUGGAUCGAGCUGUCAACCCAACAGCGCCUCCUUCUCUGCUGCUACAUCCUCGAAUACCAACAAGCUACUUUGUUGGCUCGGGACUCGCUGCAGUCUUCAAUCAACUGUUCGGGAUUCAAUUUACCAUUGCCAGCUCAUUCAGAGCUCUGGGACGCUACCACAUCUUUCGAUUGGGCCAUGGCCGCCCAACAAAACCCUCAUCAGCUGACGUACGUGUUCCAAGUGACAUCGGACGUCAUGCAAACCUUUGAUACAUUCCAAUCCUCCCUCAUCAUCGCGGCUUACUACAAUCACUUCAACAACCCUACCCCAUAUCUUGCUCCGGCGAACUUCCAACACAUCGACCAUCUCCUCGACAACUCAUCAGUGACCAAACACCAACUUCUUACUGCGAAGCUUCUCCAAGUUGUUCCAAUUCGUGCGUUGCUUGCGAUUUCCGGAGAAAGCUGGAUCCUGUCGGAGAAGGUGCCUUCACCGCAAUCUUUCGGAAGCUACAAAACGACCCUCAGGACGUGGAUCAACGGACUGUGGACUGACGGCACUGAUCAUCAGGGCCAGUCUGCAAAGGAUGCCCUCAAGCUCGCUAUUGAGAUUGCCCAGCAUGCUAUGACCGCCCACACACUCACCCUCCGACUCGAACUGGGCGCCGACAUGGGUCUUUACUUUGCAGCACUCACUAUAUGGGCUGCUACUGUUGCGGCAAACACCCGCAUCAACGCACCUCAGGUGAUUCAGCCCCAUCGCUUCCCAAGCCAUUCCCCUCUACCAACGGUCCGCACCAACUACCCUUCCACGCCAACUCACUUCUCCAUGAGCACCCCAGGCGGUACGCCCAACCCCAACCAUCCUGCAGCUUUGGGCUUGACUUCUCAUCCCGUAACCUCUCCGAUUCCACCCUCGCCUUCCACAAAGAGCAUGCAGUACUCUGAGCUUACCAUGCUCUCUAUAAACUUCCUCAACACUGCGCUAGUGGAACUCGACUUGCUGGGCGUAGUGCCACAGUGGCCGCGUGAUGUAGCACAGUGGCAGCAAGGCUGCGCCGCCUUGAUGCGCUGGGUAAAGACACGCCUAAGGAGUGGAGCCACGGAGGGAAGAGACAGCGUUGUUUCCUCUACUCUCAAUGUCGGUAUUUCUGGACACGGCCGAGGUGGCGACGGCUUCGGCGAACUCCUCGACGGUGUCAUUGGUGUCUUGGAGAAGAUCUUGAGUCGAGGAUGGGACGGCUGGGGCUUUUAG